CUUAUACAACAUUACAGUACAGGGUGCAGACACUGAGACAGGAGAGAAGAAGGCAGGUCAUGCAGCCUGUUUGACUACAGAGGAGGCUGUCUGGGCCCUGUGAUGGCAUCUGCAGGUCCAAAUCCCGAGGGUGGUAGACCUGCUUCCAGGCAGGAGUCUGGAGGUCGGAGGCUGUCCUGGCUGGUCCUGCUGCUGACUCUGGCAGCGGUCACCUCCUCGUCUCUCUCUGCUCUGUCUCUGUACCACCUGCUGGCCCUUAGGGCCGAAGUUGAGGAGCUCCGGUCAGAGGUCUUCCGUAGGAGAGAGGAGCAACAAGAGGCUAGGCAUGGAGAGACACUGCAGCAGAUGAGCAGCAGAGCCAGAAGAAGCAGCCCAGACCAUCCACACCCCCCUGACCCCCAGCCUGGGCUAUCUUUCGUCAGGAAGAGGAGUGUGGGCACAGGAACUGAGAACUCAGUGUCUCAGCCUUGUCUACAGAUGCUGGCAGAUAGCAACAGGAAAACAUUCCAGAAAGAGUUUGCGCUGGAGCCUUACACAGGGAUCCCCUGGCAGGCGGGGCUUAGAAGAGGCUCCGCCCUGGAGGCAGAGAGCGACAGCAUCCUGGUCAGAGAGGAGGGAUACUACUUUGUCUACAGUCAGGUGUACUACAUGGAUACGACCUUUGCCAUGGGUCAUGUGGUGAUCAGGAAGAAGAGGAACGUGGUGGGAGAUGAAGCUCAGCAUGUCACAUUGUUCCGCUGUAUCCAGAACAUGAACCCUGUCUACCCAUACAACACCUGUUACACAGGGGGUAUAGUGAAGCUGGAGGUCGGGGACAGUGUGGAGCUGUUGAUCCCUCGCUCUACAGCCAAAGUUUCUCUGGAUGGAGACUCCACUUUCCUGGGCGCUGUCAGACUGGCCUGACCCUGACCAGGGGAGUUGGACUGGGGGGACUAGGAGAUACAAUUGCCAUCAUGUGGAAAUGGACACUGCUGGUACUAGAAGUUUUGAUCUGGUAGAUACUGGUGGUGGUGUACAAUAAUUAUUUUAAAUGAACUAUGGCUUCUGGGUCUGAUAGCUACAUUAUCUAUUCUACUAUGAUGCCAUCUGCUUUACAGAGUGACUGAAGGACGGACGGACUCAGAAUCAUGGCCUAUUACUGGAGAGCCUGGCUGAUGAUGCCAUUGAUGAUGAUGAUGAUGAUGAUAGCAGUGUCAGCCUCUGUCACUGUGUGUGAUCUGAAAUGUUAGAUGCUUAUUCUGGCAGGUGUCUCACCAUUCACUCAUAAACUUCUUAAAUGUUAUGAUCAUAUACAAUACACACAGUCAAGACACAGUCCCAGCCAUGACUACACAGUCCCAGCCAUGACUACACAGCGCCAGCCAUGACUACACUUUGAUGCCUUGAUGAUCAUUUUGACCACCUGCAUACUAGUAAAAUAGGCCCUGUUGUAUUUCAUGGUGUUGUAUCCUGUCUAUGACAAUGUUAUUGAAUGGUGCAGAGUGAGUUGUCAUCAUUCUACCAGAAGGGAGCAGCAGCACUCAAUUAAUUGGUUUCCCAAGCAGCACCUGACCAUGUGUUACAAUAAAUGCAGUUAAUCACUAUGGCUGGUGGUAAUGAUAGCGAUAUUAUCCCAUCCUGAGAGGGGGUUUGUUGUACACCUUGUGACCACCAGAGGGAAACCUUCCCACGGGAAACAGCACUGUAACACAGUACAGUACUGGUGCUUCUAUGGUGAUUCUCCCUCAGAUUCAGUGUUUAAUAGUCACAUGUACAGGGUUGCAGUUGUGAUUAUCUUAGGCUUCAAGCUCCAACAUGCAGGACUAAGUGAAAUAAAAUAACUAAAAUUGUAAUAAAAAAAACUAGAAAUAGCACUAUAUUAUAGAGCUCCCGAGAGGCACAGCGGUUAAGGCACUGCAUCUCAAUGCAAGAGGCGUCACUACAGUCCCUGGUUCAAAUCCAGGCUGUAUCACAUCCGGCUGUGAUUGGGAGUCGCAUAGGGCGGCACACAAUUGGCCCAGUGUCGUCCGGGGUAGGCAGUCAUUGUAAAUAAGAAUUUGUUCUGACUUGCUUAGUUAAAUAAAUAAAAAAAUAUAUACAUA